AAGAGAGAUAACUCUAAAUUCCAGCCUUACGUCUCUGGGACAAAGUCAGGUGACACACCAGUCAAAACACGCCAUUCAACAUACAGGGAAAUUGUAAUGAUACAGAAUAUAUAAAGUAGCCAUGGACCCCCACCGCAGUGCUCAAGAUGUCGUCCGAUGUGACCUUUGUGAGACAGCUAUAGUACAGAUGUACUGUGAUUUCUGCCAUGUCAACCUAUGCAUUGCCUGUAUAGGAAAACAUGUUGCUGAUGACUAUCAAAAACACAUAGUAGUACCAUUCCAAAAACGAAAAUCUACCUUGAUUUAUCCAAAGUGUAGUACACAUCAAAACAAAGUCUGUGAAUUACGUUGUAAGGAAUGCGACAUGUUUGUCUGUUCCUUGUGUACUGCUGCAGAUAAACACAAGGGUCAUACAUUUUUAAUUCUUUCUGAAAUCUACAACAAAAGAAAAGCAGACAUUACAAAAGAUUCAGAGGAGAUAGAAAACAUUAUUUCUCCAACAUAUGAAGAUAUGGCCACUGAUUUAGAAACUCAAAUAGCCAACUUGGAUGGAGAAUAUGUGAAAUUCACAACAGUAGUUACAAAACAUGGAGAGGAAUGGCACAAAGAAAUUGACAAUGUCAUCAACAAAAUGAAAAAUGAAAUAGAAGAGAUGAAAAUCAAACACCUGGAAAUUCUGAAGAAACAUUUGGAUGAAAUUAAGCAGAUACAGUCCCUUAUUGAGCAAUCACUGAUUACUCUGAAGAAAAUGGAGGAAUCCAAUGAAGUGUCUGUGACCAUGGAAUACAGAUCCCAAAACAAAGAAUUCAGAAAACUUCCUCCCAAAGUCCGAGUCUCACUGCCUACAUUUAGUCCAAACACGAUAGAGAGUGAACAGCUUUACAAGUCACUGGGAUCUUUGAUACCAUUAUCAUUUACCAAAGAUGAAAAUGGAUACAUGCUGAAGAAAGCAGAAACCUCACCCAAAGAACUGAUGGAUGAACCAGAGCUUGUCACUACAAUAGAUACUGGGUAUAAAAAUCUCCGCAGUGUCACCUGUCUGAGUGAAGAAGAAUUCUGGACAAGUGCAGAAGUCAGUGGUAUGAAAUGCUUUAAUGUUCAAGGUACAGUUAUUAAUACAAUCAAAACAAAAUGGGGGAUAAUACCAUGUGAUAUAGCAGUGACAAGUGAUGGAGAUCUAGUGUACUCUGACUGGGUAAUGAAGACUGUGAAUAAAGUGAAGAGUGGACAGACAGAGGAGGUGAUAAGAGUACAGGGCUGGAUACCCGGCAAUUUCUGUGUCACCUCCUCUGGUGAUCUUCUGGUUACCAUGUUCAAUGUUGAUAAAGCACAAUCCAAAGUUGUCCGUUACUCAGGUUCCACAGAGAAACAAACAAUUCAGUAUGAUGAUGAGGGUAAGCCUCUAUAUUCAGGAAAUGCUCAAAUUAAUUACAUCAGUGAGAACAGAAACCUGGAUAUCUGUGUGGCUGACUGUGGAGCUGGUGCAGUAGUGGUGGUCAAUCAGUCAGGAAAACUCCGAUUCAGAUACACUGGUCAUUCUUCUACUACCAAAAACAAAGCAUUCAAACCCUGGGGAAUCACAACAGACAGUCAGAGUCAGAUCCUGACAGCAGACGGUGAUAACCACUGUAUCCACAUCCUGGACCAGAAUGGACAGUUCCUCCGCUAUAUAGAUAACUGUCAUCUGAAGGUCCCAUUCGGUUUAAGUGUGGACAAAAGUGACAACUUGUUUGUUGCUGAGUUUGAUAGUGGAAAUGUGAUGAAAAUCAAAUAUCUACAAUAAAUAUUAUUGUUUAUAUCCAAGUUAGAGACUUAAUUCAAAGUAUUGAGGUAAAUGUUAAAACUUCUUUCAUCUGCCAGGAUGCACAGGAAUAGUGAAAUCUCAAUUUCAGACAAUCCACUCUAGUCACUUAAACAUGUUAAAGACCCAAAAUAAUACACAGGACAUGUCUCUGGGGCGUCUGCAGAGUUUCAGUGAUGAUACUGUUUGUAUAAUGGUUGUGUCUGUAGAUAACAGGGAGCUGACACACAGUCUACACCCACCCACCCUCUUUUUUCUCUCUCUCUCACUCAUGUCGACUCAUUGGCUGAAUGAAUAACUUCUUUUAUAAAUAUAGAACUAUCAUAAAUUGAUUAUAUAAAUUAUUUCAGUAAGUUAGAAAUUAAUGUGGAAAGUAUUGUUUGAUUUUCUGAUUGUGAAAUUUAUAAUACAGACCACAGUCUCUGCAGAUAUCACUCCACCUGAGAUCUAUUGUUAAAUGUUUGAAUGACAAGCAGCUUACUAUUUUGGGGGUGUUAUCUUAAAAUUGGGUCUCUAACUACUGUCCCCUCUAGAUAUUAUAUCAUUGACACUACUGAAUUCUCUAAUGGAUGUCCAACUUCCAAAGCACAACAAAUAACAAACCUUAUUGAUAGCAGAUAUAUCUUAUUGGCAUACUUCAUAUCUUUGUUACCCCCCCCCCCUUCCACACACACACACACACACACACACACAAAUGAAAUUGGGGGUACAUGUAUCUUGAUUUCAUGCUGUCUAUCUUUUGGUAGACUUUUAAAAAAAUUCUACUAUUAAUUUUGUCUGAUGGUAUUGUUAUUGUUUAGAAAAUACUGAAUUUUAUUCUAUGUAAACCUGUUCAUCUUUUUCAGAUUGACUCAUUUUAUUUUGAUUAGGCAUGUCAAUUUUUAUCGAUAUCUUUAUCAGCACAUUCUGUCAGUACUAUCUUGUGUAUGUAACACAAAAACAUUAAAUGUUUGUACUUGAUA